AUGACAGAGGAAAACAACACUGUUCGCAGACCAGAGGUUUGCGACACUUCCGUGUCCCAGCACGGUUUGGACUCGGAUCAUCCAACCUCUCCUAAUGGGGCUCACGCACUGGAGGAGGCAGCCUCGUGCCUGCAUGGGAUUACGCCCAGAGCUCACAGCACCCCUGAGGACGAGCGGUUCCCAGCCUGCAUCAGAGACGCGGUGUCGCAGGUGCUAAAAGGGUAUGACUGGUCUCUGGUGCCUGUUCCGGGUCAGGGGGCGAGGGGUCUGAAGAGCAGACCUCACGUGAAGCGGCCGAUGAAUGCAUUCAUGGUGUGGGCGCAGGCGGCGCGGCGGAAGCUGGCGGACCAGUACCCUCACCUGCACAACGCUGAGCUGAGCAAGACACUGGGCAAACUGUGGCGGCUUCUCUCUGAAUCAGAGAGGCGUCCCUUCGUUGAGGAGGCUGAGAGACUGAGAACACAGCACAAGAAAAACUACCCAGACUACAAGUACCAACCUCGGAGACGCAAGAGCUGUAAACCAGGUGAGGGGGACCCAGGACCUGGACUGGUGCAGCAGCAGCAGGCCUUUUAUAAGAUGGAACCUGGCCCAGCCACACACCCAGACAGGCCAGGUCAACCUCAUGGUCCUCCCACACCUCCCACUACCCCUAAAACCGACCUCCACCCAGGAGCUAAACUCCAGAGAAGCAGCGUUCCUGCUCCACUUCCAUCCCGCCAGAACAUUGACUUCAGCAACGUGGACAUCUCUGAGUUAAGCUCUGAUGUCAUCGGCACCAUGGAUGGCUUUGAUGUCCACGAGUUGGACCAGUACCUGCCUCCAAACAGCCAUGUCACUACCCUUCUAACCCCGAUGGAAACCAGCAACCUGUCCGGACCUUUCAUCACACAAAGCUGCCACCCAGACAGAACCCGUAACGGGACUUCCACAGCCAUUUCUCCUUCCUCCAACCAAGAGAUGCACGAGAACAGCUUAAAACCUCAAAUUAAAACAGAGCAGAUGAGCCCGGGCCACAGCUCUUCUACCUCUCCUCCUCCGUCUCACCCACCUAACUACACCCCCCUGAGCCCAGCCAUCUGCCCUCCCUCCACCUCGUCCUCCUCCACGUCUCCUACUAACCAACCAGACUAUGCUGAACCCCAGAGCUCCAGCUUCUACAGCGUGUUUUCAGGUUAUCCUGCUGGCUUAUACCAACACCCGUACUUUCACUCCUCCCGCAGGUCCUACACCUCACCACUUAUCAAUGGCCUGGCCUUGGCACCUCCUCCACCCAGCCCUCCCCUGGCCUGGGAGCAGCUGCACACAACACUCACCAGGCCUUGAGUGGGACAAGCAUCUGGUCACUCUGGCUGGACUGUUACACCUUGGACAUUUGGUAGCUUAUAUCUAAUUUGGAAGAAGACAUUUUGAAUCAAUGAAAAGUGCUUAACUCUUCUUUCCUGAACCGUAUUAACCUCAGUCAGGUUUUCUUCAGUGCUCUUAUUCACGUUUGACCUGAUUUUGUUUUAUUUUUUCACAGUGACCCUGUUCCUCGAGGGCAGCAUGUUUUAGAGGUUUCUCCGAGUGAACACAGCUGAUUUUAGUAGGUGAUCUACGGGCUCCUGCUAAAGCUGCUAAUCGGGUGUAUCAGCGCAGGAAAGCAGCUGGAUAGGGGCCCUGGAGAACCAGGGUUGGACCCUGCACACCCGUUUUACGUCACACUAUUAUUUCAGCAGAAAUAUCAAAAACCUGUAGAACCUGACCCCAGUGAACCAGAAUCUGCUGUAGGUAAUAAUUAUGCUUAAUAAAAAAUCAUUUCCAAUUGA